ACAGACAGACGAAUAUUGAAAAAGCUAGAAAAUAAAAGGAAAUUUGUUUUUCUGUUCUUCCUUUCCAAGACGACAUAUUUCGCCGAUCAUCCUCUGAUCCAAAUCGUCCCGGAUUCUCCCGGUGGCGGAGAGAAGAAAUAAAGGAAACCCAGAAAGCAUAAUUCUCAAUGGCGUCGACUACACGAGAAAAGUUUAAGUCUUUCAUAAACAACAGAUGGCUCGUCUUCGUGGCUGCCAUGUGGAUACAGUCUUGUGCUGGCAUGGGUUAUUUGUUCGGAAGCAUUUCUCCGGUGAUCAAAAGCUCCUUAAACUAUAACCAGAAGCAGCUUGCCAGACUUGGAGUCGCUAAGGAUCUUGGUGAUAGUGUCGGCUUCAUCGCCGGGACUCUCUCUGAGAUCUUGCCUCUCUGGGCCGCUCUUCUUGUCGGAGCCGUUCAGAACCUCUUCGGUUACGGAUGGGUUUGGCUUGUCGUCACCGGUCGAGCCCCGAUUCUUCCUCUAUGGGCUAUGUGUGUGCUCAUAUUCAUUGGAAACAAUGGUGAAACCUACUUCAAUACUGGAGCAUUAGUCUCUGGUGUUCAAAACUUUCCCAAGAGCCGAGGUCCAGUGGUGGGUAUUCUCAAGGGGUUUGCUGGGCUAGGUGGCGCCAUCAUCUCUCAGAUAUACACAAUGUUCCAAUCAUCUAACCCGGCCUCUCUCAUUCUCAUGGUCGCUGUUACGCCUGCAGUUGUCGCUGUUUGCUUCAUGUUCUUAAUCAGACCCGUUGGUGGUCACAAGCAGAUCCGUCCCACCGAUGGAGCCAGCUUUACUUUCAUCUACGGUGUCUGCCUUCUACUCGCUACCUAUCUCAUGGCCGUUAUGCUUAUUCAAGAUUUGGUCGUCGUUAGUCACAACAUCAUCACUGUGCUCACCUCUGUGUUGUUUGUCAUUCUUGUUGUUCCAAUCUUGGUUCCAAUCAUGACUAGUUUCUUCACAGAGACAAGCCCUCCUGAUGACACAAUUGAAGAACCUCUUGUCCCAAAACGCGAUGACCAGGAACCAGGACUGCAGACCCCUGAUCUAAUCUUGAGUGAAGUGGAAGAUGAGAAGCCAAAAGAUGUAGAUUUGCUUCCUGCCUCAGAGAGACAUAAGAGAAUUGCGCAUUUGCAAGCACAGCUAAUGCAGGCAGCUGCAGAGGGGGCGGUUAGGGUGAAGAGACGAAGAGGGCCUCACAGAGGAGAAGAUUUCACUCUUAUGCAGGCACUGGUGAAGGCUGACUUCUGGCUCAUAUUCGUUUCCCUGCUCCUCGGUUCUGGUUCGGGUUUGACAGUAAUUGACAAUCUUGGUCAGAUGAGUCAGUCUCUUGGUUAUGAUAAUACUCACGUGCUUGUGUCUAUGAUAAGCAUUUGGAACUUCCUUGGACGCGUCGGUGGUGGUUACUUCUCCGAGCUCGUUGUCAGGAACUAUGCUUAUCCAAGGCCUGUAGCAAUGGCUGUGGCUCAGCUAGUAAUGUCUGUAGGACACAUCUUCUUUGCGUACGGAUGGCCAGGAGCGAUGUACAUUGGCACGCUGUUGAUUGGACUCGGAUACGGUGCGCAUUGGGCUAUUGUCCCAGCUACUGCCUCUGAGCUCUUUGGUUUGAAGAAGUUUGGAGCUUUAUACAAUUUCCUGACACUGGCAAACCCGGCUGGAUCCCUUGUGUUCUCGGGUAUGAUUGCGAGUAGCAUCUAUGACAGGGAAGCAGAACGGCAAGCACACGGGUCUGUGUUUGGUCCAGAUGACGCCCUUAGAUGCGAUGGUUCUAUCUGUUUCUUCUUGACGUCACUCAUAAUGUCUGGAUUCUGCGUCAUCGCUUGCAUCAUGAGUAUGAUUCUUGUGCGUCGUACCAAGUCUGUUUACACUCACCUCUAUGGCAAGACCCACACCUAAGAUAUAUGCUCCCUAUCAUGUGUGAUCGUGCUCAGCUUUCUAUUCUUUGGUUUUGUCUUCGAUUCUCCGGUACAGAUGUUUAAAACUUCUCUGUAUCGAUUUUUUUUCUUCCUCUUUUUCUGUAUCAAUUUUGUUGUUGUUAUUGUCAAUUUUGUAUGUUUUUUUUUUUGUAUUCAUAUCCACGGCAACAUCUACACAAAUAUCUUUAGACA